AUGUCCUCCAGACCCAAGCCAAAAUCAAACGCAGAGCCGAAUCGUGACCCCCCAAGCUCCUUUUUGCUCUCCCCUGCCGGCUAUGACGACGACGCUUCCUCCUUACGCUCCCUGUCGGAGCAGGACUCUGACUCCGAAGACGAUGAGUUUCUCCGUAACUCUCGCUCUACCCUGGAAUUGAACGCUCAUGAUCGGGCUGUGCUGGAAGAGGAGGAGGAGCUGGAGAAACUGUUGACCAGACGCGGGCCUGCUGGUGGCCUAAGGAGGAUCUUCUCGGGGGGUUCUCACGGAAGCGUUAGGAUUGGGAAGAGAGAUCGGCGACGAAGAAAGAAAGGAAGGAAGCUGGACGAGGAUGGCGAUGAAGGGGAGAGGGGUGAGUUGAUGUUCGAGAUGGAGGAAAGGUAUCGGGAUCAUGACCAUAACUACGAUGACAACGAGUCCGCACGUAGGCUUGGGACGCCGUCCGUGGAGAUGGGUGGCUUUUAUUCGCAGUCCCAGAAGACAACAGUACCGUGGCGAAGGCUCUUGUUGAUCUUCGCCGUGAUCCUCGUGCUAUUUCUCAUCAUUUUCCUGGGUGCAUACAAGGCUUCCAGUGGUUAUCGAUCGUCUCAUCGUCAUCGCCAACUGCGAUCGAAUGGCACUGCCCUGUUUGCACCCACCACUAUCCUGAUCUCAUUGGAUGGGUUUCGAGCAGACUUCCUCAAUCGCGGGUUGACCCCGACUCUGAAUGCGCUCAUUGCCGAUGGUGUCUCCCCGCGAUACAUGAUGCCCAGCUUCCCCAGUGUUACCUUUCCUAACCAUUUCACCCUCGUGACGGGGCUGUAUCCUGAAAGCCACGGGAUUGUAGGCAAUACGUUCUGGGAUCCCGCGCUGCAGGACUCGUUCUAUUAUACACGCCAAGAAAUCAGUAUGCAAGCAAAAUGGUGGAACGCUGAACCGCUCUGGGUGACGGCCGAGAAGAUGGGCGUGCCGGUUGCGGUGCACAUGUGGCCGGGCUCUGAGGCGCAUAUCGCGGGCAUGGAUCCAACGUUUUUGGACAAAUUCAACGGGUCAGAGGCAUUGACCCGGAAAGUCGACCGGAUCCUACACUUCCUCGACCUGCCCGGUGAGGAAGCGAAGGAAUCUGUCAACGCACCCAAGCGACCGCAGUUUAUUGCUGCGUACGUCCCUAAUGUUGACGCAGAUGGGCAUAAGUACGGUCCUAAUAGCACCGAAAUUCGGAGUACAAUUUCAAGUGUCGAUGGAAUGUUGGCCAGCCUGUUUGCUGGCAUUCAAAACCGCAAUCUCACUGAUAUAGUCAACAUUAUCGUGGUCUCCGAUCAUGGCAUGGCGACCACCUCCACCGAGAGAUUGGUGCAGUUGGAUGACUUCAUUGAUCUCAAUCUCAUUGAGCGCAUUGACGGAUGGCCGUCUCGCGGACUUCGACCGAAAAAAUCGGAUGAUAUCCCGGUCCUCAUGGACCAACUAGCCAAAAUGGUGGCCAAGUACCCGCACGCUGUCGAGGUUUACGACCAUGAGACAAUGCCAGAACGGUACCAUUUCACCGACAACAAUCGCAUAGCUCCUCUUUGGGUGAUUCCCAAGGCAGGUUGGGCCAUUGUCGAACGGCCGAAUUUCGACGUCAGCGAAGCCCUUGAAAAUUGGACACCGUAUUACCCCAAAGGCAUUCAUGGGUACGACCAUGAACAUCCGCUGAUGCGGGCCAUCUUCGUCGCCAGGGGCCCGGCAUUUCCACAUCCGCCUAAUAGUCGACUAGACACAUUCCAAAAUAUCGAGGUUUAUAAUAUUAUUUGUGAUUCUUUGGGCCUCACACCGCUGCCCAAUAACGGGACGUUGCGACUGCCUCUGCAGCCGGUCGGGCUGCAUUCCGAUGAGGCCCCGGCGGUGGUCAGUCCAGAAGAUCCUCCCGUUAGUACCGGGACGUCUACGGUCCCUUCUUUGGCCUCGGAGGUCCUUUCUCCAGACUCUUCAGGUGUGGGCUUGCCCCAUCCUUCAUCACCCACACAUACAACGACGCUGGAGAGCGACGAAGGGAGUGGAAUUGAGAAUUCCUCCAAAGAUAACGCGGGGAGCGACGAAAAUGAGCCUGACGCCAGCUGGUGGCAGUCAGCCUUGGACAAAUGGAACGACUUCAAAGACUGGGCCACGCAGUUAUUAGCUGCUGAAAAGGAUAAUCACCCGUCUCGUUGA